AAAGGGUUAGACCCGAACGUCCUUCUCUUCUCCUUUCUCCUCCAAAACACACCCCUCCGUCCGUCAGCUCGUCGGUAGAAGAGAAAGGAAGGAAUUAGGGCCACGGAGGAGACGAAAAUUCUCGCCGGAGAGCCACCGGAGAUCGCUUGUCCUCGACGGAGGAAGACGGCCGCGAUGAGGCCCUCCGUGAGAGCGAUCAACCUCAAUGCCUGCGCCCAGCGGGUGGAGGUCGACAAUCGGAUCUCCCUCCAUUACUACUAUCGAAUUGCCGAUAAUCUCCUCAAACAGGCUAGCAUAUAUCGGGAGGAGAAGAAUCUCAUUGACCUGUACAUCAUACUUCUUAGGUUUUCAAGUCUAAUUUGUGAGACCAUACCUUCACAUCGUGAUUACCAAACAUUGCUUCCAAAAGAAAAGGCAAUUUUCAGGAAGAAACUGCUGCAUGUCAUGAAUGAACUAGAAUCACUGAAGCCUGCUGUUCAGCGCCAAGUUGACGAACUCAACAAAGGGCAUUUUCAAGCUGACACUCGAGAAAUAAUUUCUUAUAGUACAACUCCUGCUAAGAAGCAGAUCUUUCCAAGUUUGUGCAUUGAGCAGGCACCUACCAGAAGUACAUCUCAGUUAUCACGGAAACCCUCUAAUGAGCGAAAUCUAGUUGUAUCAUCGGAUCGCUUGCAAAUGGAGAGGCAAUUUCAGAGACUAUCCCUCAGUCUACCUCAGCCAAAGGAAGAAACACUAUCCAGACACUCCAUUUUAGGUCCUAAUGGGCUCCGGGGCCAAUGGACAGGACCAGUUACUGGUAUUAGGGUCCAGUAUCCCGAUAAUGCCGAGUUAAAUCAAAGUGGAAGUACAAGUGUGAACCAGGAUGAACAAUAUGGUACUCUUACGGUAAAUGAAGGUGAUUCCAGAAAGAGUAGUUAUGAUUUGGAGUCAGUUCUCUCCCUUGAUGAUGGUAGAUGGUCUGUUCCAGUAGAAAAAUCCUGUUCCCUGGCCACCAAUUUUGCACAGGAAGGUUCUGUUCAGUUAAAUAUCAGGCAGCCAUCUCCUCCUCCUGUUCUUGCCGAGGUACAACCUGCGGUGCCUGCAAUUUCUCCUUCAAAAGUUGCUGAUCCAAGACCAGGACCACCAAAGCGUUCAUUGGAUGGAAUGCCUGACUCUAAGGAAUAUCAAGAUUUGCAUGUUCCAGUGAAGAUGAUGGAAUGCUUUUUGAGGCUUGCAGAGACAAACACUCCAAAAAAUUUAGAAACAUGUGGAGUUCUUGCAGGUUCACUGAAAAACAGAAUGUUUUUUGUGACAACACUUAUAAUCCCCAAGCAGGAGUCAACGUCUGAUUCAUGUUCAAGACAAACGAUCUCUUUUUCCCCCUUGGGUGGAUUCAUACACACCCAACACAACCUCUUCAUGUCAUCCAUUGAUCUUCACACUCAUUAUUCAUAUCAGAUUAUGUUACCGGAAGCAAUUGCAAUCGUUAUGGCACCAACUGAUACAUCUAGAACCCAUGGCAUAUUCCAACUAAACAGAUCCAAGUGGUGUUUCUAUGAUACGUAAUUGUCGAAGAGCGUGGAUUUCACCCUCACGAGCAGCCUCCUGAUGGCAGCCCGAUCUAUGAACAUUGUUCACCAUGUUUAUAUGAAUGGCCAAUCUUAAGUUUGAUGUCAUCCGAUUUCGUAACUCAUGAUCGCCCCAUUGCUCUGAAGGACAUUUCCAAUUUCAGGCAGGCAAGAGAUCAUCAGAUUAGGCAUAUGGCAUAGGCAUUCAAACUUCCAGGAUCUUGCUACCGAGGGAAGUUUUCCCUGUUUAUUUGGUACUUGAUCGGAUCAGCAAGUGUUCAGAUAAUGGAUUAAACAUUGCUGAUCAUUUUGAUCUAUCAAUUAAAUGUGAGCCUCCUUUAUGCCAGUGUCUGGUAUCCUCAGCAUUACGAGAUGCCUCAGUGGCUGAUCAACUUCACAACUAGGUGGAGCGUUAUCAAACAUAUUGGGGUCAUCCGGGUAUUCCCUGUUUAUUUGUAUAAAAGAAUUCUGGUCUUUGUGCGCUAUUCAUGCACUUACAAGAGUUCGUGCUAGAUACAGCUAUUGGUGAAGCAGUCACUUUGCUGGGUGUUUAAUGUAAAUGGUUCCCCGGCCAUUUCCAAACAAAUUUAGAGUGCGUUUAUUGCCGAAGCAAUCUGUCUUCGCUGGUGUUUCUCAUUUGCCUGAAGUUUAUUGUGGUUUCUUUCUUA